AUGAUUAAACUGCUUAUAACCAAAGGCAUUUCUGUGGAUGUUACGAACGAAUUUGGUUGGACGCCCCUUCAAUGUGCAGUCAUGAAUAACCAUCUAGAAGGCGUUCAGUUACUUUUGUCCUACGGAGCUAACGUCGAUGCUAAAGAUAACGAUGGUCAUACUGCGAUUCAUCAUUCAAUUAUGGAAGGUAACCAAAACAUUGCCAAAUUACUUCUACAACACAAGACUAAUAUUUCACUGGGCAAAAAUGACAAGAACACGCUGCAGCUUGCUAUUGACGACCAAUAUUCCAUUGCUAUCGAUAAGACAUUGCAAACAGUAUAUUUUUGUUUCAAGAAUAAAAAGAAUGGUCUUAGAGACGCUGUAUGUGGACGCGGUAGGAAAUGUGAAUUCAUCGUUAAAUCUUUUUUGACAUAUGGUAUUGUACUUAGUCCAGAGGAUGUAAAUGAUAGCGAAUUAGUAUGCGCUUCUGUGGAGAAGGGACACAUCAAGAUUGUCAAGAAGUUAUUGGAACUUGGUGCCGAUGUUAAUCAGUUACACGAGAAUGCAAUUUUUAAUAAAAGUACUACAUUGUUACACAUGGCAGUAAUAACGAAACAGAGGGAGAUGGUAGAACUAUUAAUAAACUAUAAAGCUAAUGUAAAUGCUCUAGAUGAAAGAAAUUUUACUGCGAUGCAUGAGGCUGCUCUAAAUGACGAUUUAGAAAUAAUGGAACUACUUAUGGAUAACGGUGCCAGGAUAAAAGAUCAGUACAAAUUAUUGUGUAUUGCUGCUGAAACGGCUUCUAAGAAAUUUGUUGAGCUGCUUUUGCAGCACGAUAUCAAUGUUAAUGGAAAAAAUACAGAUGGUACCACGGCCAUACAUUCAUGUGUUCUCCGUCAUCCCAUUAAUUAUGAAAUCCUUAAGCUUUUGAUCGACAAAGGAGCUGAUAUUAAUGCAAGAAAUAAUUAUCGUAGAACGGCGCUUCACGAAGCCGUCCGAGCCAAAAACGUAAAAGUCGUCAAGCUUCUGUUGAACUGUAACGCGGAUGUUAACAGCGAAGAUGUAGACGGUACGACACCGCUUUUUGACUCUACGGUACGCGGAGCAGUGGAAAUUUGUGAACUACUCGUGAAGAAAGGUGCAAAACUGAAUAUCAAGAGAUAUAAAAGACCAACACCGCUUCAUGUUGCUGCUUCGAUAAAUAAUCUGGAUAUCAUGAAAAUUCUGUUACGGUCAGGUGCCGAUGUAGAUUGCGUCGAUGAAUGUGGAAACACUGCGCUUCAUCGUGCUUCUAUAAGAUCUCACUACGAUAUCGUUGCGAUCCUUCUAAGAUACGGUUCUGACAUCAACAUCGUUAACCAAGAGAACCGUACAGCGUUAUAUUAUACAUUAGAAGAAUCACUUCACAUUCUUGUGCAACACGUAAUAAUAUUGCGGGUUGCUAAGUUAUACGUUCAUGCUUCAAACAUAGCUGAGUCUGAAACUGCGAUUAACGAUAAACUGAGAUUUAUUAAUUGGACAAAAUAUGAGGAAGAAUGUAACAAAGAAUUGGAGAGAAUGAGAAGGGAGAAAAUCAACAACAGCAACAUUUCCUUUUAUGAUAUUCUGAAAGUAAGCAUAAAUGAAUUCGCGAGAAAUAAAGAUGUUGUCAAGUAUUUAAAACUAAACAACUGCGAAACGGACUUCCCUCUUUAUGGUAGUAUGAUAAACAAUCGUUUCAGAUGGGGUGUGGAAAGAAUUAAGUGGAUGGAUGAGAGCGUUCGAGUUUGUCAAAAUCUAUUCAACUACUGUCUGGUUGAUAGAAUGUUACCCUAUAUUUGCAUCGAAAAGAUAUUUAGCUAUUUGAGUAACGACGAUCUGAGGAUUCUGGUAGACGUAUGUAAAAAUGUUAAGAACCCAAAUGAAAUGUAAACAAUUAGGCU